AUGGCAUCCGCCGUUUUGUCCAAAGCCCUCUUUGCCUGUCGUCUCCGUCAAGGUGUAUCAAUACGUUCACCUUCAUCGCUCUUGCAUAAGUCCCAAUUAUUGUCUUCUUUAUUCUCUACGAGGCCUUUUCACUCGUGGCCAGUUUCUUCAUGUUCCACAUAUAAAAUUCCAAGAUGUAUUUCACGUAGCUUGUCUUCAUCAGCAGUCGCAUCACCGGCUUCGUUCUCCACACAGUCCUUGUCGACUAACGAGCCUGUUGUUUCAGUUGACUGGCUCCAUGCCAACCUCCGAGAACCUGACGUGAAGGUGUUGGAUGCAUCUUGGUACAUGCCUGAUGAAAAGAGAAAUCCACUUCAAGAGUAUCAGGUUGCACACAUUCCAGGUGCUCUUUUCUUUGAUGUCGAUGGCAUAGCAGAUCGUACCACAAACCUACCGCAUAUGCUGCCAUCUGAAGAAGCUUUUGCUGCUGCUGUUUCUGCUCUUGGCAUCGAAAAUAAAGAUGGCCUUGUGGUUUAUGAUGGAAAGGGAAUAUUCAGUGCAGCUCGUGUUUGGUGGAUGUUUCGAGUUUUCGGGCAUGACAGAAUUUGGGUUUUGGAUGGCGGGCUCCCGAGAUGGCGUGCUUCAGGGUAUGAUGUUGAAUCGAGUGCUUCGAGUGAUGCUAUCUUGAAAGCUAGUGCAGCCAGUGAGGCGAUUGAGAAAGUAUACCAAGGGCAGCGGGUUGGACCAAUUACUUUCCAGACCCACUUUCAGAAACAUCUCGUGUGGUCACUUGAACAGGUUCAGAAAAAUAUUGAGGAGCAAACACAUCAGCAUGUUGAUGCUCGCUCAAAGGCUAGAUUUGACGGGGUAGCACCAGAGCCUCGGAAAGGAAUUAGAAGUGGCCAUGUUCCUGGAAGCAAAUGUCUCCCCUUUGCCCAGAUGUUAGAUGGGUCACAGACACUCUUGCCUGCAGACGAACUCAAAAAGAAAUACGAAGAAGCAGGAAUCGCGUUGGAAAGCCCCAUAGUGACGUCAUGUGGUACUGGUGUGACUGCAUGUAUUCUUGCAUUGAUUUCAUUGGCUUAUUUGGGUUUGACUGGAAACAAUUAG